AUUUUGUUCUGUGGAGUGUGGAGAAACUCAAUAUGCAGUUCAUUUCAUUCGACUCAGUAAUCUGUGGUAGAAAUUUCAACGUGUAUUAUUUCGUUUCUAUUUUUGUUAACGGGAAUAUUGUUAUUUAUAAUAUCAAUUAAUUAAUUAAGUAAAUAACAGAGACUAAUAGUGGUUACAAUGCAGGGCCCAGCAGUUUUUAUGGAUAUAUCGCUUGAGGAUCAAGCUCAAGAACUCCGGAAGUAUUUUAAAAGCCUAGGAGCUGAGAUAUCAGAGGAGAAAUCUGCAAAAGGGAUAGAGGAUGAUUUACACAAAAUUGUUGGAGUUUGUGAUGUUUGCUUUAAAGAGCCAAACGAAGCAGAAAUAGAAGCUAUUCUGAAUAGCAUUGUUUCUAUAAUGGUGUCUAUACCUUUGGAAAGAGGGGAGAAUUUAAUCUUGGCUUUUAGUCAAAGACUUACAAAAUCUCCAGGCCCUAAACUAGGAAUGGUGGCUUUACAAUCGUUAUGGCGAUUGUAUAAUAAUUUGGAAGCAAAUUCUCCAUUACGAUACCAUGUGUACUACCAUGUGAUUGAGUUAGCAGCUCGUGUAGGCUCUGUGAGAGAAGUGUUCACAGGUGUUGAACAACUGAGAAAAGAAUUUGCCAACUGCCCACCUUCCAAUGAACAGAUGCAAAAGUUGUACCGAUUGCUACAUCAAGUAUUAAAAGACCAGAACAGUGAAUUAGCUGCAAAAGUAAUGAUUGAGCUUUUGGGAACAUACACUGAUGAGAAUGCAUCAUACGCCAGAGAGGAUGCAAUUAAGUGUAUAGUGACUGCACUGGCGGAUCCCAACACAUUCCUGCUGGAUCCUCUGCUAUCACUGAAGCCUGUUAGAUUCCUUGAGGGAGAACUUAUCCAUGACCUCCUUAAUAUUUUUGUAUCUGAGAAAUUGUCAAGUUAUCAAGCCUUUUACAAAAAUCACAAGGAAUUCGUACAUUCUCAAGGUUUAAAUCACGAACAAAAUAUUAAAAAGAUGAGAAUAUUAUCAUUCAUGCAAAUGGCAGAAUCUAAUCCUGAAAUUUCAUUCGAUGAUAUAAUUUCGGAACUUCAGAUAGAAGAGAAAGAUGUGGAAGCGUUUAUAAUAGAAGUGUUGAAAACAAAGUUGGUUCGCGCGCGUAUGGACCAGGCUUCGCGGACGGUGCGUGUAGCGAGCACAAUGCACCGCACGUUCGGGCGAGCGCAGUGGCUCGCCCUACGUAGCGUGCUGCAGGCGUGGCGUGCCAACGUACACCAGGCGCACGAGUCCAUGAAGUCCGUCGCCUCCGCGCAGAUCGAGUACGCGAGCCAGCAACCGAAAGCCUAGUGUUUCUACACCACUAUCACUUUAGAGCAAAAAUAAAAUCAAUACAAUUAUUCUCUGCGCUGUCUAUGGUUGUCUCAUAAAAAUGCCGAAUGGUGUUAAUUCCGCCAAAUUAAAUAAAAAGUAUGUACUACCUUUUGUAUGCGCUGAAGUUAAAAAAAUAGUGAACACUAUGAUUACAACAAAAGUGAAGUCAUUUUUCUAUGUAUAUGUGAGUUAGAAAUGUGUUUAAUAUUUUUUAGAUAAUACAGAUAAUAUGGAUUAUUUAACUGAAUUAUGUCAAAUUAUUAAACUCCACAUUAAACAGCUGGUAUAUAGAAAUGACUAUUUUUUUUCUCAAAUUAAUUAAUUAUUAUUAUUAGUGAGUAAUUUCAAAACUACAAGUGUGUAGUAGCCACAUUUGCUAAAAAAUAAUCCAGAAACACGUCAUUAUAAUAAUUUUAUAGAAUGUUCAUCGUUCG